AUGGAUGCACAAGCCACUAUCAGAUUCAUCGCUUCGGCACUCGCCCAGAACGAAGCCCCAGAACUUCCGCUCCAUCGCAGCCGGUAUAGAGACGUUAACUCGUCUCCAGGGAACGCGCAGCCCUUGAUGGCUAUCGGUAUGUGUCCCUGGUAUUUUAUUGCCAUGGCGGGACUUGGCCAUGAACGAACCAAGCUAUUUCUACGUGGUCUUCAAGGUGUCGACAGAGGAAAGAUAGAGGCCCACAAACACGAAGACCACGGCUCCAAAUGUUGCCCCAGGCCCAUGCAACAGCCGUAUCGCGGUCGGAGCUUUGGGCCCGGAAUCCCAGCUGUACUGGGAUUAUCUCAGCAUUUCAUCCUUACACCAUAGUACCAAUUCUUACUGAGGACGAGACCCAGUGUAUAAGCGGCCACUCUUCGGGCGAGCACACGGCAUCGAUGCCGAUGUCCCGCCCGGCCUUCGAACCAAGCCACUUGCAAGCUGGGUACAGGUUGCUAGCAGCACGUCUCUAUCGCCAUGGCGGCUGAGAUACUAGAUGGCUGACGCCGACCAAAAGAAGCCGCCGGUUGUUGGAGAGCUCGGGCCUUUUGGAAGGUCUUACCUGGGGUCAUCCGGGUCUUUGGGGUCCUCUUGGGUGGACGAGAA